AAGGUUUUGAGGGUCCACGCUACGAAGCGUGGAUCUGGCGCUCACUUAAAUUGACAGUGGAAGGAGUAGAAUUGGAUGUGGGUUCGCUCAUCCGAUACCAACUGAGGGUUGAGCGUUACGCUACGACUACUAGUCAAGGUGCUGCGGUUGGUGCUGACGGUGAGCAGUGAGGCGAGACAUGAUGCCCGGCAACUGCGAGCAUUGCCUGGAGGGGUUUGAGGCUGAGGAGCUCCGGCCCAGCGUCCUUCCCAGUGGGCACACGUCGUGCCCUUCGUGCCUACGGACGGGCGAGGAUCGAAGUCGCUGCCCUCUCCAGUGUGGCGGGGCCGAUGUGCAGGAUGCGGAGCUUCUGCGCCUCCCGGACGCCGUCCUCGUGCAGGUGCUGCGGUUCGUGGACGUGUUCGACGUGGUGCGCUGCCGCCAGGCGUGCCGCCGCCUCAAGGCCCUGUCCACGCACCCGCAGGUGUGGCAACACCGCGCCCUCGACGACUCGUCCAGGUCCGCGGCCAGGGCCCUGCGGGUCGCUCUGGAGCUCGCCCCGUGCGCGCGCUCGCUCUCCGUGGCGGCCCGGGCGUCGCUGCGGGCGCUGGCCCGCCUGGCCGCCAAGACGUCCUGUGCCGCCGAGGAGCUGUGCCUGUCGCCGGACGACUACGUGGAGGAGGCUGUCCUGGUGCUCCAGAGGCAGGCCGACCUCGGUGGCCUCAAGAGCCUGACCCUCGAGUGCCGACUCAACCCCGAUGUCACCGGCUAUGAGAGGGAGAUGGGAGAUCUCCUAUCAAUAGUUUUUACCAUUGAUGGGUUAGAGGAGUUGAGUGUCGCCUUCAUGUUUUGGCGGGGUAUGACAAUGCCGCUGAGGGCCGGAACAAAGCUUCUCCAAGUCCCGAGUCCAUGUCCGAAGCCAUCGCUCAAAUCCCUGAUCUAUAGUGUCAGCCAGGAGGACGCGUUCCUGCAGGGGCUGCUGCGGCUGCACGGCCCAACGCUCGAGAAGGUGGCCCUGGGCGGCAUGAUCGACCUCAGCUUGCCGGCGAUGGAGGCCCUCGUCUCGAUGGCCAGCCUCCAGAAGCUGUGCGUGCCGCUGACGGAGGGCGUGGACCUGCUGCGGGCAUGCCCCGCGCUCACCAAGCUCACCCUGGUGGUGCACCGCCCCUCGCCACAGGCGCUGGCGGACGGGGAAGAGCUGCUCCGUUCCGCGACGACGCUGACGACCCUGAAGAUCAAGACGUACCGCUACACCAGGAGGGAGCCGGGCCCCAAGGGGACCAAGCCGCCGAGCCGCAGCCCGCCGCCGUCGGCCUACUCCGCCAAGUGCGUCAUCCGGGGGUGCAGCUCCGACAUGGAGGAGCUCAUGGCGCUGUGCUACAUCGAGAACGAGGGCCGCAACGACGGGCUCGUGGUGCCGGCGCUCGUCAAGGCGCUCGCGUCGUCCGGGUGCUCACGGGUGGAGCGCCUGGCGCUGUGCGUCAACAAGGACCAGCUGCCGGCGGGGCUGGUGGGCGUGCUGCCGGGCCUGGGCGCCCUCAAGGACCUCCGCCUGCAGGACGUGUCGGACGGCUUCCUGCGCGGCAUCCGGCACGCCGUGGCGCCCAGGCUUACGCGCCUGCACGUGUGGUGGCUGGCCGUGGCGGAGUGCAAGCACGGCGGGCUGCUGCACGACAAGGCGGAGAUGCGGCGGCUCAAGGACCUGCUGCGCCGCCACCCGGGCCUGCACGUCACCGUCAACUACAGCGCGUGCGCCUUCCACGGCGCCCAGGGCAAGUGCAGGCACUGCAAGGCCGGCUGCCACGCCGCGUUCAAAGACGCCGUGCACCUGGGCUUCUUCACCCACGACGCCCGCCAAGACUGCGACGUGUGCAACGACGACUCGGUCGUGUGGCACGAAAGGCUUCGGCUCUGAUGUGAGGCCUCGCACCUCCUGACUUCGGGAACUUUGGUCGUUUGCCUUUGAACGUCCACCGACUUGCAAGCCAUUUUCUUUCAAGUGCACUCAAGGAUCGGGUGCAUUUAUUCUUUGUUUCAUUCUUUGAUGGCUCAUGCUCCUCAAUACGUCAGUGCAUUUUGGCCAAAAUAAUUUUUUUAAUUUUUGAUGCGACUUGCUAUAGCUUUAUUUCUACCGUGUGAUCCAAUCUGCUGUUGCUCUGCUCUUGAGGAAGCUGGUGCACUAUCGAAUACCCCUACUUGUUUCUUUUUUAUCUCCACACUUUUUUUUUAUGAACCAUGCAGUAGUGACGAAUCUCAGAGUCAUUGAACAGUUCAUAGUGUACGAGCCUAAAUGGCACUUCUCACUUGGAUUUGUUAAAAUUACUCCUAUUUGAAUCUCGAAGAUCGAGGUAUCAAGUAAAUAUAUUCAUGGUUUUUGUUUUUGGACUACUAAAAUUUUAGUGCCUUUUCUGUAGAAGUCUCCGACAGCCUUAGUGCUAGUGACUUAUGGGUCAGCUGCUCCCCUAUUUAUGUUAACAAGAGAAUUGUGAAACUUCGUCAAUCUAGAAAUAAAUUUAUUUGAGUUAAAAUUCAAUUAUGUGUGUAAUUAACUUCAGGCGUCUGUGCCUUCUUGGCUACGAAAAUAAACAAUUUCACACACAA